AUGUCCAGCAAAAAAGAAGAGAAAAAGCAUAGGAAAUCAGAACAAGAAAAUCACCAACAAAAAGCAAAAGAAACCAACCAAUUGCAAACUUCUACUUCAAGAAAAACACUUCGUCGUUUGCGAAAUGAACAGCAAAUUGAGAAAAUGUCGUCAAAAGUCCCGCAUGGAAUUUCAGUUACUUUGAAUUUAGAUAAAGCGAUCGAAAUUACUAAAGAAAAAGUUAAAGGAAUAAGUAAACUUUUCAAAGAUGCAAAAUUUUAUGCUGAUGAUGUUAGUCCCGGGGAUGUUCAACAAGGAAUGGAGGAGUCAUUGAGACUAUUUGUGUUGAACGUGAUGAAAAAGUCGGGGUUAAGUUGGAGAGACAAUGUUUUCAAGAUACAACUCCAUUACUUUACUUUUAUUAACAAUAACAAUAACAAUAGUUCAUGUAAAGAUCCAAAUGAAACUUGGUUGCCAUUACUUGAGAAGGCAUACGCCAAAAUUCAUGGAGAUUACGAAAGUAUUGAAGGCGGCACUAUAUCACAUGCUCUCGAAGAUUUAACCGGCAGUGUGUCUACAGGCUAUGCAACAAGUGAAAUAUUAGAUACUGAUCGAUUAUAG